UUAUUAAAUAUACUACAGUACAGACUGCAGUUACACCACUGCAACAUCUUUUUGUCUAAAUAUAAAUUUAUACUUUUAAAAUAAUGUAAAAGAACAACAAAAAACCUGGGAGAUGAACAAAGAAAAAAGAACACCUCAAAUGUAGAACUGCUUCAGUUUUUAAUUACAUUAAAAAUACAACAGGGAGAAUUUAAUUUUGUUUUAUUUUUUUCUGCAUAUUGAAAUGUCUGUGUUUAUUCCAGUAGAAGUUUACCUGAGACACUCUGACUUUCUUUUCAAAUUCUAUUAUAUAGUGUUUCUGUAGAUCCUGCAGUGAACUCUCCUGUGAACACUGGGACUUUUUUAAAAAUACAAAUCUCUGUUUUAUAGCAUUUAUGAGUCCAUACAGUGACAGUAAAGAAAACAUAUGUAACAGACCAAACAAAAGAGGAUAUAUACAGGAUAUUACAGAAAAGCUAACUGACUCCUGAAUAAUUGAUGUCUCCACACACUAAUGCAGUAACAAAUUAAGUACAUUAAAACAGUAGUAAUCAGUUUAUUAGUGUCUACUGCUCUAAAUAGUGGAAAUGGUUUAUGUAGAAAUGUUUAAUUUCGUUAGAGGUUUGAUUCUUCAUGCCAUUUCUUUUACAUGUACUGAGCUGAAUGUUAACAUGAUGUUAUCUGUUCAUCUGUGGAGAGGCUGCAGGUCUCAGCUUGACAAAAAUGUGGAUCCGGCAGUGUGUUUAUUUUUCCAAAGAAACAUGAGGAACGGGUUUUGUAAGCUCUAAAGUCACUCAGGGUUUCACAUUCAGUGCAUUCACAUUCUUAGUGCUGACAAGAUUCAAACGAUGCAUUUUGGCAGCCUUCGUCAUUGUGUCCUCUUCUUCCUCAUCCUCACAGUCAUCACUGCUCCUACUCUGGCUUUCACUUCUGUAAUGGUGAAGCUGAAUCAGUCUGCUGUCCUUCCCUGUAAACAGAACUGCUCUGAUUCACUGUGGACUGUGAUUGAUAAACCACGUCUUAUUGUGGCUGAGUGUAAUCAGACAUCAUGCUGGUCAAAGGAGGGGUUUAACAUGUCUCAUGAUCAGUAUCUGAAGGGAGAUCUGUCUCUCACCAUCAAUUCAGCUGAUUACAGUAACAGAGGUUUGUACACGUGUGAAUGUGCUCAUGCAGAGGUCAAUACUGUACAGCUCAGCAUUGAGACUUUGAUGCGGUUAUCUAAUUUAAAGUCUGGAGAAGAUUUGAUCCUACACAAAUCAGACUACACAGAGUUGAUUUAUAAAAGUAAAUAUUCACAUGAUCUGUACGGUGAACAGAUCUGCAAUGUGACUGAAGACUCACUUCAGUGUAAUGAUGAAUAUAAACACAGAGCACUACUGAAAGACUCAGAUCUAAUACUGAAGAAUCUAAAACCAUCAGAUAGUGGAGUUUACACCAUCCGGGACACACUGUAUAAAUACAUCAUUCUUAUUUGCACUCUCUCUGUGAAAGAUCCUGCAAUUUCUCGAAUAAUAGUGAAUCGUCAUGGGUCUGUUACACUCAACUGCACACGGAAUUGUACUGGUUUGGUUGAAUGGAUCAAUAAGAAUAAUAAACAUGUGGUGGCUUGGUGUAAUCAGACAUCAUGCAACACAGAGAAGGGAUAUAAUAUAUCUCAUGAUCAGUACCUGAAGGGAGAUCUGUCUCUCACCAUCACUGAGGCUUAUUACAGUAUGAGGGGUGAAUACUGGUGCAUGUGUAAUAAGAAGUGCAUCAGUGAAUUUGAUGUCUCCAUUCAGACUGAGAACUCUUCAGUUCAUUUGAAGCCUGGUGAAAAUCUGCUCAUGGAUUUGCCCAGAAGAGAGUCAGUGGAGGUGAUUUAUAGAAGUACCAGGAGUUUUGCUGAUGAUGCAGACGAUAAAAACAUCUGUAUAUUUGAACACGGUUCUCUGGAGUGUACUGAUGCAUACACACGCAGGAUAUCUCCAGUUCUCAAACUGGAACAUGUGAACCUGACUGACAGUGGAGUUUACACCAUCCAGAGCAGGAACAGUCAGGAAGCCUUUUUCAACUACAACAUGUUUGUGGAAGAAGACCAGCCAAGACCAGAGGAGAAGAUCUGUAUUUCAUAUUUGGUGUUUGUGCUGGUAGUUGUGCUGGUAGUUCUCCUACUGGUAGUCACUGGAGUGUGCAUUUACCUGAAGUGCAAACGGAAGGAACGUGUGGUGAAUGAAGUUCAGUAUCGUCCUGUUUAAUAAGAUAUUCUAGAAACAACUCUGACUCUUUUAUCCAGAAAGUGUAAAGGAUGCAUGAUGUGUUGAUUUUGAAUUAAUGACUUCUAUCAUUUGUUUAUUAAUAACCUCACUGUAAAUGAAAACUGCAUGUAUUCCUGUACCUGUUAAACCCUCAGUUUAAAACACACACACUCUGACCUCUGACACACUCUGCCGGUGUGAGGUAGGGGCUCUGGGACUGCUCAAGUAAGACAUGAGUCUGUCUCUGUUGCUGUACAAAAUUAAUAAAUAUGAUCUUUCUGUCAUAAAUGAAACUUUGCAUGAACUGUUCGGUAAACAUGAGUAGUUGUUUGUGACUAGAAAUUGUUUUUACCAAAGAUUGCUUGUGCAAAUUAUUCAGUGAUUGCAGUGUUUUCUUUUCUUAAGUUUCUGUGCUUGAAUCAUUUCUCUAAAAGCUCAAUAUGUCAGGAUCCAGCCUGGAUUUUGCCCACAUGCUUUUUUUUUUUAUUAAAUCCUGCUUAUUUUAUGCUAUCCUUCAUUUGGGUCUGUUUUUAUCCUUGCAUUGCUGACACAAUGUAAUGAAUGAUUAAAGUCCUUCCUCUCUUAUGUUCCACAAGGAGCAUUGCAUCCCGUUAUGCAGCAGUACAAUAAAUUGUGAAUCUCUGAUGAAGAGGAGCUGAUUCAUGGUUAAUAAAACUCAGAGUACAAAUACAA